UCUUCAGAAGUCUCAUGAGUCUAGGUAUCAUCGUAAUGGUCUCUCCAAACUUUGGUCUCAAACUUGUGCAGUCCAAAAACGUCACACCCUGUGUUCCGUGACCUCAAUGACGAGACUAAACCGAGUUUUGUUUUCACAAGUUAAGCUGAGUAUGUAGGAAAUUACAAUACGGAAGAUACUCCAUUAAUCCGGACACACAUUUUUAAGCAUUAUCAUAUUCCAUAAUUUCAAUCUCUGAGACUCUAUAUUUGCAAUUAUUUUGUUGAAAGCAAUAGACAAGACCCCAGGCAAGAUGAUGGUCUACAAUCUAGCAGUCAUCUUUUACAUGCUGGUGCCAAUAGCUGCAAAUGUUGACUCUUACCUGGCAGCACGACGUGCUUUCAUCGAAGAGGAGCUUUCCAUGAGAGUUGGCGCCAAACUGACUCUAAGUCCCAGAGAACAAUUAGUGAACUCGUUUUUAAUGGACUUAAAAAAUCAAACAAUCCAAGAAAGUAUUUGGACCUCCACCCCGUACCCACCCGCCAUUACAUUCUUUAAGAGCAAACCUUGGAUCGACAACAGUACCAUCUUUAAAAUACUACAGACAAUGCCAAAAGGUGGUGUGCUACAUCUACACGACUCGGCCAUGACGUCAUUACAGUGGGUCAUUAAACGACUGACCUACUUACCUAACCUCUACACACGUGUAGAAGAGAGUAAAUACCCGACCAGAAAGUACACAUUCUCGAAGACACCCCCCGGGCCAGGUUGGGUGUCCAUGGCUAAACUGAGAGCUUCGGCCAGUAACAGAGACCAGUUUGAUGAGCAGUUGGUCUAUAACAUGUCUAUCUGGGUCGAGGACCCGUUUCGUGCUUACCCAUCUGUGAAUGAUGUGUGGGGAAAGUUCGAAACCUACUUCUCUACUGUGUAUGACCUGAUACCUAGUAGAAAAAACACAAAACUUUACUUAGAGCAAGGCAUCAAAGAGUUCUACGACGAUGGUGUCCAGUACAUGGAGAUUAAGGUUGCAGGCAAGGUAGACGCAGACGGAAAUGACGUCACAGAUGAAUACUUGCAGCUGAUCCAAGAAGUGGUUGAAGACUUCAAGACUGAGCAUCCGGACUUCAUCGGGGCAAAGGUCAUCUUGGCUGGACGUAGGUCAGAGACAAGUCAACGUGACAUGGUAGCUAAGACUAUUAGGUCCAUGAGGAAAUAUCCUGAUCUGGUCAAAGGAUUUGACUUACUUCAACAGGAAGAUAACACUCAUUGGACAGUGGAGUUUGUCGAAGAUUUGCUUAAAGAUGACCGGUCUAGGCUACCUUACUUUUUUCAUUCUGGUGAAACUGACUGGACUCAAUGGGCAGACUUGAACUUAGUGGACUCUGUCCUGUUGAACGCAACACGUAUCGGUCACGGGUACGCUGCAUAUCAUCACCCCAAGGUCAUGAAAGCUGUGAUGACCAAAGGAAUAGCCAUUGAACUAAACCCUAUUUCUAACCAGGUGUUAGGUCUUGUGAAUGACCUUCGUAACCAUCCAGGUGCUUUCCUUAUUGCUAUGGGUGCCCCAGUGGUCAUCAGUUCCGAUGACCCACCAGCUUGGCUAGCAAGUCCAUUGUCCCAUGAUUUCUACAUGGCCUUCAUGGCCCUCGGAGCAGUUCACGAUGACCUGAGGCUUCUCAAACAAUUAGCCAUGAACUCAAUAACAUUCAGCACCAUGUCGGGCAGGGAGAAAGUCAUAGCCAGGCGGAAGUGGCAAUCUCGUUGGAUUGAGUACAUUGAUGACGUCAUAUGCAAGUACAACUUGUGAGAGUGUCUGUGUACCAAGCACCAAGGCGGAGAUGUGAACAGAGACUCUUAAAUCUGAUAGAGUGAAGAUCAACGUCACGCCUGUUCAAAGUUAGAAUAAAGACAUUGAUUUGUU